UUUCUCUAUCCUCCCCCUCCACGGAUCCUCUUUCUCCCUUCCCCCACCCCUGGCCCCUGCCCAUUGAAACCCCCCACUUACCCGCGAUCGAUCCACAUCUCGCACACCUCCACUCCUAAAUCGUCAACAAUGGCGCACACCGCAACACCCGGUGGCGGCGGAAGCGAUGUGGAAGCCGGUUUCGCAAAACUUCAAGGCGAAGAUUUCGAGUACUACAUGCAAACCUACUCCAUUAUCCUCGGUCGAAACUCCAAGAAAUCCACCGUCGACGUCGAUUUAGCGUCCUUAGGUGGCGGAAUGAACAUCUCUCGCCACCACGCGCGCAUCUUCUACGAUUUCCAACGCCGUCGUUUCGCUCUAGAAGUCCUCGGCAAAAACGGCUGUCUCGUCGAAGGUGUUCUCCAUCUCCCUGGAAAUUCUCCGGUGAAAUUAGACUCUCAAGAUCUCCUUCAAAUCGGCGAUAAGGAGUUCUACUUUCUCCUCCCUGUGCGCAACAUUCUUGCCGCCGCCUCCGCCGCUCCACGUCAUCAUGCGUACAACACUCCACUUCCUCCGCCGGUUGUUCCAGCGAGAAAUUCGGGGUACGGUGGUGGUGGUGGUGGUGGUGGUGGCGGUGGUGGCGGUGGUGGCGGGGGGAGUAAGAAGGGGAGGAUGAAGGAGUAUUAUGCGGCGGCAGCGGCAGGAGUGGCAGGCGAGGAGUAUGAGGAAGAUGAUGGUGGAGGAAGGGAGAGAGUGGGAGAUGAUGGUGGAGGUUUUAAUAAGAAGAUGAGGAGGUAUGGUGAUGGUACUGGUGGUGGUGGUGGUGGACAUGAUGGUUAUGGUUAUAGUGGUGGUAGUGGUGGUAAAGGCGGCCUUUCCGGAACUCUCGAAAAGAAAUCUGACGGGAGAUCAAGAAUUGAUCCUGAAGCUGAUAAUCAGCAACUUAUGCAAUUGGAGGAAAAAGAUGUUGUAUCAUCUGUAGCCACUGUCCUGUCCGAUCUGUGUGGUCCAGGCGAAUGGAUGCCUAUGGAGAAACUUCACACUGAGUUAAUGGAGCAGUAUGGUAGUAUUUGGCAUCACAGCCGGGUAAGGAGAUACCUCACAUCUGAAGACUGGACAGGUCCAGAAUCCAAAGGAAAACCGUGGUAUGGCUUGCUGAUGUUGCUGAGAAAAUAUCCAGAACAUUUUGUCAUUAAUACGCGGUCCAAGGGACGUGUGACAUUAGAGUUUGUCUCUCUUGUGUCUCUUCUUUCCUGAUAUUGUAAAGCUGUAGGCAAAGCUGCAAUUGUUGUCUUAGUUAGAUACCAAGUUACUAGUUUGUUUGGCUAACAGGUGUGUAUUUUAGCUGAAACCAAAAUGUAGCUAGCUAUACAUGUAAACUCGUUGUGGAAGUUGAUAGUGUUUGUGUUUUCAUCUCCUUUCACGAA